AUGGCAAGUCACGGGGUUCGUCGCAUCGCAACCAGGGAGGACAAGUCUGCCGAUGCCCGCGCCAAAGAAGCGAAGGAGAUCAAACGGUAUCAGGAACUUGUAGAAGCAGUCCAGGCACAGGUCUGUCUCGUCUCAUUUGAGUGGUUUAGAUGGAAGUUGAAACAUUUGUGCAAGGUCCGUGAUGGCGACCUUACACCCGAACUCCUGCAAAAGACUGCCGAGAUACUCAAGACGAACCCGGAGUACUACACGAUUUGGAACCAUCGCAGACGUAUCUAUGUCAAGGAAUUCAAUUCUAUCCAGCAUGAAUACUCGGAAUGCCGUCUGACGGCCGAACACCGCGACAGCCAGAUUCUCGACAUUAUUCAGCUGGAUCUUCAAUUUCUACUGCCACUUCUCAUGCAAUUCCCAAAAUGUUACUGGAUAUGGAACCAUCGCAUCUGGUUAUUACAACAAGCCACCUCUCUGCUCCCUGCUGCCAAAGCUCGUCCAAUCUGGGAGGAAGAGCUACGCCUUGCGGGAAAAAUGCUGAGUCGUGACAACCGUAAUUUUCAUGGCUGGGGCUAUCGCAGAAUGAUCAUCAAUAGCCUUGAGAGUGAAGCGCUGAAUGGCAAGAGCAUGGCCACGAACGAGCUUGAUUACACCAAAAAGAUGAUCAGUACUAAUCUCUCCAAUUUCUCUGCAUGGCACAAUCGAACCAAACUGAUCUUGAGGAUCUUGGACGAAAAGUGCGCUGACGAUGAUGAAAGAAAACAGAUGCUAGACGAAGAGCUUGCCCUGAUUCACAAAGCUCUUUGCGAUCCAUACGACCAGUCGCUCUGGUUUUAUCACCAGAAUUUGCUGUGCGCUUUUGAUCCAGAUCAAGCAUCGGAGACUUUGGCGCCUCACCUCACCUCUGCAGAGCGGCUUGAAUAUAUUUUCGAAGAAUUAGAAUUUAUCAAGGAAAUGCUGGACGAUGUCACUGAUUGCAAAUGGAUCUACCAGGCUCUGAUAGAAUGCAGAGUACUUAUCGCCAAAACUCAACACGGCAUGUCCAAGCAAGAUCAGGAAGAAGUGAAAGCUUGGUUGAUAGAAUUGAGAAAACUCGACAAAUUGAGAAAUGGUCGCUGGGUCGAGCUGGGACAGAAAUUGGGGAUAUAG